AUUACACUAAUGUACCCACGCUUUGCCACGCACUGCCAGGUAGCACGACGUGUAUGGGAUGGCACGGGGCGCGAUCAAGACAGCAGUCUCCAAAAAAGACUUACACCUGCACGACGUCGUUGCAUCGAUGGCUAUGAAGAAGCGCUAUGUGAAGCGCCUCGUGCGCAAAGUGGUGUUCUGGCUGCUCUCGGUUGCCGCCAUCUCGCUGGUCACCACGAUGAUUGUGGAGAAACGUAGGGGUCCCGACAGUCCCGGCGGCAGUGAGUCGGAGGAGAAUCUCGAUCCCAAUGGGGAUCCCAUCACUCCCGUCUACCGGGCGAACAACCUUCAACCCACGCGUCGAGCUGCACGUCCGCCCUUCCAGGAUCGCAGCCUGGCCAGGGAGCCACCGCCCGGGGAGAAACCCCAGCCCACAGGCUUUAGACUGCCCGAUGUGGAGGGUGAGCGACGGGACUGGCACGACUAUGCGGCCAUGGAAGCGGACAAGUUGCGAUCGGGUCUCGGAGAGCAUGGUCUGCCCGCGGAGAUCGAGAAUCCCGAUGAGAAGGAGUUGGAACAGCAGAUGUACAGGAAGAAUGGAUUCAAUGGCCUUCUUUCUGAUAUGAUUUCCGUCAAUCGAUCCGUGCCGGAUGUGCGAUUGGAGCAAUGCAAGACCCGGAAGUACCUGUCUAAGCUGCCGAACAUCAGCGUGAUCUUUAUCUUUUACAACGAGCACUUUAGUGCCCUGCUGCGAUCCAUCUACAGCGUCAUAAAUCGCACUCCAGUGGAGCUGCUGAAGCAAAUUGUCCUUGUGGAUGAUGGCAGUGACUGGGACACACUAAAGCAGCAGCUGGAUGACUACGUCUCCCUGCACUUUCCCCAUGUCGUGACGGUGGUAAGGAAUGUCGAGCGAAAGGGUCUGAUUGGAGCACGCAUAGAAGGGGCCAAGGUGGCCACCGGAGAGGUCUUGGUCUUCUUCGACUCUCACAUUGAAGUCAACUACAACUGGCUUCCUCCAUUGCUCGAGCCCAUUGCCAUCAACCCCAAGAUCUCUACAUGUCCCAUUGUCGACAUAAUCGAUCACAGCAACUUUGCCUACAAUGGGGGCUAUCAGGAGGGAUCCCGCGGUGGCUUCGAUUGGCGCUUCUUUUACAAACAGCUGCCCGUCCUCCCCGAGGACAGUGUGGAUAAGUCACAGCCCUUUCGCAAUCCUGUAAUGAUGGGUGGCCUGUUUGCCAUCAGAACCGAUUUCUUCUGGGAUCUGGGCGGCUACGAUGAUGAGCUGGACAUCUGGGGCGGGGAGCAGUACGAACUGAGCUUCAAGAUCUGGAUGUGUGGCGGCAUGUUGCUAGACGUUCCCUGCUCUCGAGUGGCUCACAUAUUCCGCGGUCCCAUGGACCCAAGACCAAAUCCAAGGAACUACAAUUUUGUGGGGAGGAACCACAAACGUGUGGCCGAGGUCUGGAUGGAUGAGUACAAGGAAUAUGUCUACACUAGGGAUCCGCAGACCUAUAACAACAUCGAUGCUGGUGACCUCACCCGUCAACGGGCAAUUCGCGAGCGACUCCAGUGCAAAUCCUUCGACUGGUACCUAAAAGAGGUGGCCCCGGACUUCCUCAAGAAGUUCCCGCCCGUGGAGCCGCCCAACUACGCCUCGGGGGCCUUUCAAAACGUGGCCUUUGCUACACACUGCUUGGACACCAUGAAUUUGGGCGCCCACAAUGCCGUGGGGCUGUACAGCUGUGCAGAGAAUCGCACCCAUCCGCAGUUCAAUCAAUUUUGGCUUCUCACACCCGAUCGCGAACUUCGACACAAUGGGGCCUCCAAUUGUCUGGAUGUCCAGGAUCUGCAUGCAAAUGCCACUGUCUGGAUUUGGAGCUGUCAUAAUCAAGGAGGCAAUCAAUUCUGGCACUACGAUCGUGCGCAUAAGUGGCUGGUUCAUGCCCCAAACGGCAAACGCUGCAUGGAGGGUAUCGUAGAAAAUGGCAUUGGUUCGGUGUACACCAAUGAGUGCGAUCCCGCGAACGAUCGUCAGAAAUGGGAGAUCGGCUAUGUAAACAACCAACUGCUGGACAAGUUCUUCGAAGGAGUGUAACGAACAGACCAUACCAGACCAUAUCAGACCACAGACCAGACCCAUCCCACACUUUCAGACAUAUGUAUGUACCUACCAUAUUGUCACAGGCACGUAUGGUAUAGUACGUAUACGUAUAUGCAAAGAUCACUUACAAGUUCGUGGAACUCGUGCACGAGAAGUCUAGUUCAUUGAUCGUUGCGAAGGUUUCCUCGUCUCCAGUCUGUUAAAUAAAUUCCAUUUUUCCAUUA